UAUAUACAAGGCUUCUGCUCUCCAUUCUGCCUCCAACAUCAAUUCCUCACGUUCGUCCAGUGCGCCUGUAUCCGGUCAUCUCAUCCAGUGAGGAGCCCGCAACAGGAGGAACAACCAAACGAUGGCCCAGCAGAUGAUGAUGGCAGCCCUGCUCUUCUGCUCCCUUGGAGUCCUGGAAUACUGCAGGAGCGAACCCCAAAUCGCUCCCCAGUUCCGGACCAUCCGGGAGAUUCGGCGACCGGAACAGUUUCAGGAACUCCUCAAAGGACUGCUCGACGAGAUCGCACUGAGGCAGAAGCCCAGAUUCGGGAAGCGAGGGAACCUAGGAUCCGACUUCGCCGUCGAGCCGAUGGACCUGGAGGAAUCCCGCAUCCCCCUGCCUCUCUACAGGACGAUCCUCUCCAGGAAACUCUACGACGACCUCCAGGAUUGAUUCCCUUCACUCAGUUCUAGCUGUCGCAUCCGUCAUUGCCCCCUGUCCGGCGAGAGAGAGUGAGAGAGAUCCCGAUCCCACCGUUCCGUUGAAAUAAUAGAGUGUUGAGAUGCCUCCCCUUCCCGGAAAGGGGUUUAGUCACCGUUUUGCCGAUCGUGACAUUUGGACGUAUUUUCUUGUUUCGUUCAAAAUAAACGUCGUGUCUGGACGCGAGAGUCUCUUCCCGUGCCUGGUCAUCGAAUUUUCAAUCUGAACCUGAUUCUCCGUUUUCCCUUUUCCUUUCACAUUCUGUUUAUUAUUAUUACUAAUAUUAUUAUAUAUAUUAUUUAUUUAUUUAUUUCGUAGCAUUAUUUUAUAUGUUCGCUCCUGUUGAUGGCUGAUUCUUCUUGCUUCGCUUCAGGUGGACUCUCAGUAUCGCUCACUCCCUUGCAUGGAGUGCAUGGAAUGGAAUACAAUAAACCUAAAGACAGAGUAAAAACGAGUCAAGAUUUUCACUUUAAUCACGCAGACAAAUAUGAAGGAACAUUUCGAGUCUCGCUCGUAUUCCGAACUAUGAAAACCCAAGACGCCACUCGCAGUCGCACAAUUUUAGCCAACUCGGCCGUUCACCUAAUCGCAUCCGAUAAUCCGAUGCACCCGACAAAUCAACCUCGUUCUCACUCUCUCUCGUUGCAAUAAUUUUUUCAUGUCACCAUUAGUCAUAAUUGACAACAAAUUGGUUUCCAUGGUUACUAUUGACAGCCCGCAGUCAGGAUAAAUCUCCUACUUGACG